UAGAGUGGAAGACUCAUUCCAGGGGCCAAGGCCUUCCACAUGAUGGAGGGCAAAGCUCAGGGAGGAGAGGUAGGCAGGGUCUGAGUAAAGGGAACAUUUCUGCCUUCGCAGUUGGAUGGGAAGGGCAUGACUUUUCAGACUGGAAGGACUUCCCCAGGGUGGUCUGACUAGAGGCAAGGACCCUGGGAUCUGUGAUUAUUUUGCCCUCGCUUGGAGCUGAAAUCAUUCUGCCUUCCCUUACAGCUGAGAUCCUCUGCCCUCUGGAAGCCAUCUCUGUGCAUGCAGUUCCUAGAAAUCUCUGCAGACCAGCCUCCUGCCCAGGAAGAGAGAGAAAAGGUGCCUCCCCCUCUGGGAUUCUUCUCAGCUGAGCCUGCAGAGGACCUAGGCCUGGUCUAAGGAGAGAGAGCCCGGAGCCAGAGGGAAUGGCCCCUGGGAGCCACAGACCCCCACCCCAGAAAAAUGCCAAGGCUAUGGACCAAAGACCUAUGGUGCAUCUCAACUACUCAGUGAGGAAGGGGACACACUGGUAAAUGAUAAGGACAUGGGCUGAAUACAUCCAUAAUCAUCUCAAUAGACUGUCAUCAAUCAAUCAUGAAGCCACUGGCCAUUUACCUCAGGUUGAAGUCAAUCCCUCUCUAACCAAAUUUCCAACUGAAGAAGUUUGAAUGCCAUUAGCUCCUCCCCUCUGACAAAGCAUCUGGUGCUGAUUUUAUUCCAGCUGAGAUUUACAGUGUGUGGGUCCAUUGCUCCUACAAACCUUGGCUAACGUUUUCUGGAGUACAUGGAAAGAGGAAGUUAUCCCCCAGGAGCUCAGGGAUGCCUCCAUUGUCCAUGUGUAUGAAGGUAAAGGAAAUGGAUUGUCCUGUGACUAUCAGAGGAGACUCUCUCUCCAUCACUGCUGGCAAGAUUCUUUCCACAGUCGUCCUAAACCGGCUGAGCCUUCCCAUGGAAGAUGGUCAUCUACCUGAGAGCCAGUGUGGCUGUAGAAAUGGCUGAGGAAUGGCGUUUGCUCCCUGACAAUGGCAGGAUCAAUGCAAGGGGCAGAGCAGAGGAGUUGGUGACCUUCAAGGAUGUGGCUGUGGAUUUCACCCAGGAGGAGUGGUGCCUCUUGGACCAUCCUCAGAGAGAGCUGUACAAGGAGGUCAUGCUGGAGAAUGCCCAGAACCUGCUCUCUGUGGGACUUCCAGUUUCUAGAGAAGAUUUGCGCUAUCCUUUCCAGGAAGGGGAAUCACUAGGGAUGGUAGAACACAAAGGUCCAAGGAACUCCUGUCUAGUUUGACUAAUGUGAAGAUGCCUGGCAUGCCUGCACAUGUGUGACUUGUAUUGAAUUGCUUGAUUUCUUAGAGUGGGUGAGGGAGGGAAGGAGGAAGAAAAAUUAGGACACAAAAUUUUUUUUUACAUCAAUGUGAA